UUCAACAAAACAAACAGGACUUUCAUUUUUCUCCAGUUUAAGUGAUAAUUGGGAAAUAGUUGCUUCUGUUAGUGGUAUAACUUGAAGUAUACUUUGGGCAGGCUUGCUGGGGAAGUCAUGCUUCAAAGAGUGGGGUCAACAAGGUUUCAAGGCAAGUUGCUAUGGCUUUUAUGAAGCGAACUCUUGCAAGAUGUCAAAAGUUUGAGGACACUGGAAUCAGUUGCUUUAGUGAGCCUGUAUUACGGGAUGUCCUUUUCCCCAGCAAUGAUGCUAAAUCUGUAGAUGUUGGUGGGGCUUCCACAAAUAUGUAUGCUGCUGCUAAUAGCUGUCAACCUGAGGCCAGAGCAUCUGCUGCAGGUGCCUUUUCCAGUACGCUUGAGCAAAAUGGUCCUCACAGUGAUAAGCUUGACAGGGGUUCAUUAGGCACAUUUCAAGUUCUUGCUAACUCAUCUGACCAAACUUUUGCUAAACAUGAACCGAUAUUAAACAGAGGUAAGAAGAAGGAAGUGCUGCUUGAUGAUGUUGUGGGAAGUGCUGCCUCAAGAGCCACAUCAGCUCUUGGAAACACUCUCUUGGGUGGAGCAGAAGGAAAGAGAUGUGAGAGAGAGAGGGAUCAAAACAAGGGUACUUUAUCAAGAAAUUCCGUGGCCAAAGCUGGCCGGACAUCAUUGGGCAAUUUUAGGGGUGAAUGCAAAACAAAAACAAAACCCAAGCAAAAGACAGCUCAAUUAUCAACUUCAGGAAAUGGAAUUCUUGGAAGGCUUGCAGAAACGACUCAUCCUAUGUACCCAUCUGAGCGUGGUUCCAGUGAAACAGUGACUCAUGGUGAUGUCAAAGUAAGUGGGGAAAUGGGGUUGGUAUCCCCUGGUAAGAUUCCUCAGGAAUCAUCUAAAGAGACUGAGGAACCUAUUGAUUUUACAAACUUGCAGCUACAUGAAUUAGAUUCUAUGGAAGGACUAGGUGUAUCAAAUGACCUUGGUGGUAACCAAGAUCUCAGUUCGUGGUUGAACUUGGAUGAAGAUGGCUUGCAAGACCAUGAUUCAAUGGGCCUUGAGAUACCUAUGGACGAUCUUUCAGAGUUAAAUAUGGUUAUCUGAGUACUGCCCUCUGUACAUCCCUGUGCAUUAUUCAAGAGCUUAUUUAAGAGUGCUGGAGCUGCUGUUGAGAGAUAACUAACUACUUAACCUAUCUUAUUAAGACGGCAGUUGUAAUUAUGGUUGUCCAUUCUUUUGUAUACUUCUUUGAAGAAGUUGGUGACAAGAGUCUUGAAUGUUUAUGUAAAUCUGAAGUUCUGUCCUUGUAUAAAAUUAUAUCUUGUGUAAAAACCUCUUUCAUUGAUUUAAUUUUUGAAGAAAUGCUGAGCUCUGUCAA